AAGCGAGGGUGUCAGACGAUACAGUAAAGGAGGCUUGAUCAAAGUUCCCUAGGGGUUCCUUUCCAGCCGGUGCCCGCGCUUCGUUGUCAGUACCAUGGACAGCGCCCGGGAGCCGACACAGGGGCGCUUGGACGCCGCUGGCUUCUGGCAGGUCUGGCUGCGCUUUGACGUGGAGGAAAAAGGUUACAUAGACGAGAAGGAGCUUGAUGCUUUCUUUUACCACAUGUUGACAAAACUGGGUGUUGAUGAUGUGGUCAAAGAAGAAAAUGCACAGAAGAUGAAACAACAAUUUCUGGCUGCCCAAGAUGUCCCUAAAGAUGGCUGCAUACGGAUGAAAGAGCUUGCCGGCAUGUUCUUAUCUGAGGAUGAAAACUUUCUUCUGCUCUUUCGCCAGGAAACCCCCUUGGACAACAGUGUGGAGUUUAUGCGGAUUUGGCGCAAAUACGAUGCUGACAGCAGUGGCUUUAUAUCAGCUGCUGAACUUUGUAACUUCCUCCGAGACCUCUUCCUCCACCACAAAAAGGCCAUUUCAGAGGCUAAGCUGGAAGAAUAUACUGGCACCAUGAUGAAGAUCUUUGACAAAAAUAAAGAUGGUCGGUUGGAUCUUAAUGACUUGGCAAGGAUUCUGGCUCUUCAGGAAAAUUUCCUUCUCCAAUUUAAAAUGGAUGCUUGUUCCACUGAAGAAAGAAAAAGGGACUUUGAGAAAAUCUUUGCUCACUAUGAUGUUAGUAAAACUGGGGCCCUGGAAGGCCCAGAAGUGGAUGGGUUUGUCAAAGACAUGAUGGAGCUUGUCCAGCCCAGCAUCAGAGGGGUGGACCUUGAUAAGUUUCGGGAGAUUCUUUUGCGCCACUGCGACGUGAACAAGGAUGGAAAAAUUCAGAAGUCUGAGCUGGCUUUGUGUCUUGGGCUGAAAAUCAACCCCUAAUCCCCAGACCACUUCACCUUUUGCUCUUAGCAUGUUUCUGAGCUCCUGCUGGUAAAAUUCUAUCUGCUCUUUGCUACUGGGGACAGUAGGCAAACUUUCUAACAAAUGGUGUGGCGUUCUUAGGCAAGGAGAGGGACUGGAGGGUCUUCGUUUGAAUGGCAUGGUGAUUCCCUGCCUUUACUGGAAGCUCCCCACGCAGGGUUUGUGUUAUUUUCCCCUUGGCCCUGGGCUUUCCUGUCCCCCUAAGGACUCAGCUGACCUCCAGGGUCUGCCUGGCUUGUCCUCCCCCUGUCUGAGGAGGCGGGGGCAGCUGAGUCCAUCUGUCUGUCUGCUUCCUGUGGGCUUUCUACUCAAUAGUGUGAGGCACUUGUGGCAGUCUCGUGACUUCUACAUAUAGAUUUUUAAUUGAAAAUAAACCUGCAGCUGGAAACAAAGGUUCAGUAAUAAC